AUGUCCUCAAGCCUAGAGACACCUGAACAGCCGCACAUUCAACGUGGGCACAAAGAGCAAAACAAUAGCACCAGACUUAAUUCGAACCCAAUCUCCAAAGCUGUGUCCGACCAACGACGUCUUCCUGAUUCUGAGCAGCAAAAUGAAGGAAACGUCGUAGAAAGAUACCCACAAGGCAUCCAAUUUGCGAUGAUCGCCACAUCUCUUUGUCUUACAGUGUUUCUAACCGGACUGGAUACAACUAUCAUCGCUACAGCUAUUCCUAAAAUUACUGAUGAAUUCGGCUCAGUUGGUGAUAUUGGAUGGUAUGGAGCUGCGUUCCGUUUGGCGUCUUGCAUGUCACAACUUCUUCAGGGCCGAUUCUUUGCAUUUUAUUCGGUCAAGUGGCUAUUCUUAGGGAAUUUUCUCAUCUUCGAAGCUGGUGUUCUCAUUUCUGGCCUCGCCCAAAGCUCCAUUAUUCUCAUUCUCGGGCGAGCAGUUAGCGGGCUUGGACUUUCUGGGAUCGCUCAAGGCUGCAUGGUGAUUGUUACUUUGACGAGACCCUUAAACAAAAGGCCAGUUUUCCUUGGAGCCAUUAGUACAAGUGAGUUUACAGCUAUGGCGUUGGGCCCACUUCUUGGUGGAGUUAUCACUUCUCAGUUGUCCUGGAGAUGGUGCUUUUUUAUCAAUAUUCCUUUAGCAGCAAUCCCCACUUUGGUUGUGGCUUUGCUACUAAAGCUACCGCCAUCGCCUCCUCAAAAACGCAUGACAACUAAGGAUAAAUUGAAGGAAUUGGACUUCGUUGGAAUGACCCUAUUUUCAACAUCUAUAUUCUGCCUUCUCCUGGCGCUUCAGUGGGGAGGUGCAAUAUAUGCCUGGAGCAACAGGAGGUGCCAUGCUUCCCCCAAGAAUCUUACGGCACAAAACAAUGAUAACUGGGGCUGUUUGUGCCAUGUGCUUAGCAGCAGCGAAUGGAGUCUGCACUUACUAUCAAGCUUACUCUCAGGCUUCAUCAUAUCAUAUGUCGGAUACUAUAAAUAUGUCCUAAUACCCGCUGCAUGUGUGACAGUUACUGGUUCCGCAUUGAUGACAACCUUCUCUACAAAGGCUUCCAGGUUGUUCUGGAUUACUGCAUUGACUCUAUUUGGCAUUGGCGAAGGGGCAGCUAUUUCAUCUCCCUUUCUUGCUGCUCAGUCAGUUCUGAACGAAGCCGACAUUUCAAUUGGUAUGGCUAUAAUGAGCUUUUGUCAGGAUUUUGGUGAAGCUCUUUUUGUGGGCAUUGCCCAGGCAACCUUUAUCAGUCAGCUCCAGCAAUCACUUAGACGCCAAGCUCCUCAGCUCGAUAGCUCCAGGAUAAUCACAUAUGGAGCAACACAAUUCAGUAAAAUGGUCGAUCCUCAAUAUCUUCCGGCUGUUCGAGAAGCAUAUAAUGAAGCCAUCCAGAAAGUAUUUUAUCUUUCACUUUCCGCUGCUUCCUGUGUUGUUAUAGGGGCAAUUUUUAUGAAGAACCACUCAGUCAGGCAGCCAUAG